UGAUGUAGGGUGUGUCUGGGAGAGCUGAGUUCACUUCCACACACAGGGCUGUGGCUGGGUCUCCAUUGCUUUUUCUGCACUCCGCCUGAUCAGCAGCAUCUCACUGCUAGCCUGAGGGGGAAACAACAGACCAUCCUUUGAAACCUACUUUACACUAGCAGCAAAAAUGGCAACGACUAACAGAGGAACCAUCAAGGCUUUCCCUGGCUUCAAAGCGAAUGAUGAUGCAGAAGCUCUCCGCAAAGCAAUGAAGGGUUUAGGUACUGAUGAAGACCCUAUUAUGAAGAUUCUUACAUCCAGAAGCAAUGCUCAGCGACAGCAAAUUGAUGUGGCAUUUAAGACCUUAUUUGGCAGGGAUCUUGUUGAUGAUUUGAAGUCUGAACUUACGGGUAAACUCGAGAAGGUGGUUGUGGCACUAAUGACCCCAGCAAAUAUGUAUGAUGCUCAGCAACUUAGAUAUGCAACAAAGGGUGCUGGCACUACAGAAAAUGUCCUUGCCGAAAUUCUUGCUUCUAGAUCUACACCUGAAAUCCAUCACAUUAAUAAGGUCUACAAAGAAGAACAUGGAUGUGAGUUGGAAGACUGCAUCACUGGAGAUACAUCUGGAUAUUUUCAGAGGAUGUUGGUAGUCCUUGCCCAAGGUAAUAGGGACCCGGACUCUAAAGUCAAUGAUGCUCUGGUUGAGCAGGAUGCCCAGGAUUUAUUUAAAGCUGGGGAAACGAAGUGGGGCACAGAUGAAGAGAAGUUCAUUACUAUUUUGGGAACUCGCAGCAAUGCCCAUUUAAGAAAAGUGUUUGAUAGAUACAUGACCAUCUCUGGCUACCAGAUUGAAGAGAGCAUCGAUCGUGAGACAUCAGGCAAUCUUGAAAAGUUGUUGCUUGCUAUAGUGAAGAAUGUUCGAUGUGUCCCUGGAUAUUUUGCUGAAACUCUGUUCAGGGCGAUGAAAGGAGCUGGAACUGAUGAUGACACAUUGAUCCGAGUGAUGGUUUCUCGAAGUGAAAUUGAUAUGCUUGAUAUACGGAAAGAGUACAGAAAACAUUACGGAAAAUCUCUGUAUCAAGCAAUAAAGUGUGACACAUCCGGAGACUACAGGAAUACACUCCUCCUUAUUUGUGGUGGGGAUGAUGAAUAAUACUUCCCUUGCCACAAGAAGACCACUAGUUUUGUGCAUUCCAUAUCUUUCUAGAGCAGUUACAGUUUCUAUGUUAGAGCUUUGUUACUUGUUUGUCUUCUGUUAUGUGAUUUGCUAUAAUGCUGAAGAAGGUCUAUUCUAAGAAGUGUCUUGUAAAUUAGGCCCACAUUGAGAGGCUUUUAUAUUGUCAGCUCUUAGAACAAAAUAUUUAAGUGUAACAAAUUUUCUAAUCUUUAAACUAGAUUAAAGCCAGUUUAGUAGUCUUUCCUUCCUAAUAUAAAACAAGUGUAGUGUGUGUUUCUCAGUAUUUUUCUAUAGCCUAUGUUUUUUUAAACAUCCAAAAAUCUCUUCUGUUUAGAAAACCUGUUCUUUGGUUUUCUGUACUUGCAUCCAACUAUUCAGUGUUAGAUUAGGUAGGUAUGGAUGUUGCACUAACUAACCACACUGGUCCUUGAAAUGUAUGUGGAUAACCUCUUUCCAUCACAAGAAAUAAACUUAGUUUCUAACAGA